AUGCGAUGCGAUAUGAUGCAUUUGCCGACGUCCGUUGUUGGAUACGUUAUCCAGCAAUUAGAUGAGUCCAAAUUGACUGUCUUGCCAAAAAAGAAUUUGAGUCUACUACUUUGCCUGUGCGCUGAAAACCUCCAAGUUCAUUGCGUCAUGUCGUGCUUCCAUCAACGAACCCCCGUACCCCUCUACCACAGAAGUGUUACACAGUCUUGUCUGGAUGAGUUUGGGACAUGCCUGAACUGUGGUUCAUCAAGGAGCUCCAAAGGAGACUGGCUUGCCUACACCUGUACCAGUUUUGUCUCUAGCUGUACUCCGCGCACGUCUGCGGUUUUGUCUUACUUCUUGCUCAUUUUACUCCUCCCAUUGUAUGGCUUCUUCAGCAUCCCACUGCUCAAAGCAGAUACUGCGCCGAAAGAUGCGCUGGCUCAGUGGGGGCCAGUCUCCCAGAUGCCAUUGACGCGGCGGACCUACCUCCAUUCGGAGCAAUACGCCCUUGGUUCGCACCAUCCUGCAAAGUUUCGGCUUUCGGCCUUGGGUGUCACUCGAGACAUACAGAGAAAAAUAAUAGACAGCAAUGGCAACGUUGAGUUGGUUGUCAGUUCUAGACAUACUGCCAUCGACCUUACUAUCCGCAGAGAACGCCGGUGCUGCUUACUUUCCCUCAUGAGUUGUUGUGUACUUGAAAUGUUGGCCCAUGAGAAAAAAAAACUGCUUUAA